AUGUCGUGGUUUUCAUCACUCAAGAAACCCUCCAUCUUGCGAACCUGUCAAGUCACAAUCACUCACAACCUUAGACGCACAUUUGCUACUGUCAACCCAAACAUGACGGCCAAUCGGGAUCCCAGCACUCUCUCAAACUAUAGCGCUUGGCGCACCCGCCAUACCACCGCCAACUUCAAGAUUGAUUUUGACCAGAAGGCGCUCAAGGGCUCUGUUGUUUUGCAACUCGAGUCACAGACUGACAAAGAGAGCAAGGAGAUUAUUCUCGAUACUCGUUAUGUCGACAUUUCCAGUAUCAGCAUCAACUCCAAGGAGUCCAAGUGGGAGCUGAAGAGCUUCAAUGCCCCUCUCGGUGCCCCUCUUCACAUUGCUGUGCCUGAUGGUGUUGCCAAAGGCGAGCUAAUUGACCUUGCAAUUGAUCUCCAGACAACCAGCAAAUGCACUGCUCUGCAAUGGCUCACUCCUGCUCAGACCUCCAACAAGAAGCACCCGUACAUGUUUUCUCAAUGCCAGGCCAUUAACGCUCGUUCCAUCUUUCCUUGCCAGGACACUCCUGACGUCAAGUCUACUUUCACUUUCAAGCUGACUUCGUCUCUCCCCGUUGUUGCCAGUGGUGUUCCUGUAGGAGACCACGAGGCAACUCCUGGUAAGGAGAAGCUUUACGAAUUUGAGCAAAAGGUCCCUAUUCCCUCUUACCUCUUUGCUGUGGCCUCUGGUGACAUUGCAACUGCUCCUAUUGGUCCUCGAAGCAUUGUCGCCACGGGCCCUAACGAGCUGGAAGGAUGCAAGUGGGAACUUGAGCGUGAUAUGGAGAAGUUUAUGGAGGUGGCAGAGAAGCUUGUCUUUCCCUACAAAUGGGGAGCUUACAACGUUCUUGUCUUGCCCCCUAGCUUCCCGUACGGAGGUAUGGAGAACCCCAUCUACACCUUCGCUACACCUACAAUCAUCAGUGGUGACCGCCAAAAUGUGGACGUUAUUGCCCACGAACUGAGCCACAGCUGGAGUGGUAACUUGGUUUCCAACGCUAGCUGGGAGCACUUCUGGUUGAACGAAGGUUGGACAAUGUACCUUGAGCGCCGUAUUCAAGCCGCCAUCCACGGUGAUGCCGAGUUUGACUUUUCUGCCAUCAUUGGAUGGAAGGACCUUGAGAAUGCCGUAGAACUCUUUGGCAAGGAUCACGAAUACACCAAGCUCAUCAUUAAGCAUGAGGGUGUUGAUCCUGAGGACGUCUACAGCACCGUUGCUUACGAGAAGGGCUUCCACUUCCUCUACUACUUGGAGGGCGUUGUUGGCCGGGAGAACUUUGAUAAGUUCAUUCCCUUUUACUUCACCAAGUGGUCCGAAAAGUCCCUUGAUUCAUUCGAAUUCAAGCAAACCUUCCUCGACUUUUUCAACAACUUUGGAAACGAGGAAGUUGCCAAGAAGAUCACCGAGAUCAAUUGGGAGGAGAAGUUCUACACACCCGGUCUUCCUCCCAAGCCCGAGUUUGACACUACAUUAGCAAACCAGUGCUAUGAUCUUGCAAACAAAUGGAAGGAUGCUAAAUUCGAGCCCAAUGCCAAGGACCUUGAGGAGUUUACUGCGAACCAGAAGCUUGUCUUCCUGGGUGAAGUACAGCAGUCCGGUGAUCUGACUGCAGACCGAGUCCAGCUCAUGGGCAAGACGUACGAUUUCAUGUCGUCAAAGAACGUGGAGAUUCUUUCAGCAUACUACCAGAUUGCUCUCCAGGCCAAGGAUUCUGCUAUUUACCAGGCCGCUGCCAAUCUGCUCGGCACGGUUGGUCGUAUGAAGUAUGUGCGACCUCUGUUCCGCGCCCUCAACAAGGUGGACCGACAGCUGGCGCUGGGCACCUUUGAGAAGAACAAGGACUUCUAUCAUCCUAUCUGCAAGGGUAUGGUAGAGAAGGAUUUAGGUCUUUAA